AUCGAGCGCCGUGUGUACGAAAUUUAGUAUUUCUCUUCAAAAUAAUUUUUUGAAUUUAAAUUAGAGAGACAGACUCGACUGAUAUCAAAAAAUAGUAAACAUGUCGCUCUUCAGAAUAGCAACUGCUGAGGUACGCAAUAUCAUCAAGCGCUCAUACAACACAACAAAUGUCGCUCCCACCGUAAAAAUGUUUAUUGAUGGAAAAUUUGUCGAUUCAACGGCAACAGAAUGGAUUGAUUUACAUGAUCCGGCAACAAAUGAGAUUGUUACACGCGUACCAAAAUGUACACAAGACGAAAUGAAUGCUGCCGUUGAGUCAUCGAAACGUGCCUUUAAAACCUGGAGUCAAACAUCAAUUUUGACACGUCAACAAGUUAUGUUCAAAUUACAACAAAUCAUUCGUGCCAACAUGUCAGAAAUUGCAAAAAAUAUCACAAAGGAGCAAGGAAAGACACUCGUUGAUGCGGAGGGUGAUGUUUUGAGAGGAUUGCAGGUUGUUGAGCACAUGUGCAGCAUUACAUCAUUGCAACUCGGCGAAACACUUCCAAACAUUGCAAAGGAUAUGGAUACUUACAGUUAUACACUCCCACUUGGAGUCACCGCUGGUAUUACACCCUUCAAUUUUCCUGCUAUGAUUCCACUUUGGAUGUUCCCAGUCUCCAUAACAUGUGGAAAUACAAGCAUUAUAAAGCCAAGCGAGCGUGAUCCAGGCGCAACUCUUUUACUCUGUGAGAUGCUCAAUGAAGCGGGAUGUCCACCCGGUGUUGUAAACGUUAUUCACGGUGCACAUGAUGCGGUUAAUUUCAUCUGUGAUCAUCCAGACAUUAGAGCUAUUUCAUUCGUUGGAUCUGACCAAGCUGGCAAGUACAUUUAUGAACGUGGAUGCCGUAACGGAAAGAGAGUACAAAGCAAUAUGGGAGCAAAGAAUCAUGGCAUAAUUAUGUCUGAUGCAAAUAAAAAUGCAACAUUAAAUCAGCUUGCUGGUGCUGCAUUUGGUGCUGCUGGUCAACGUUGCAUGGCUUUGUCAACUGCUGUGUUUGUCGGUGAAGCACGUGAAUGGAUUCCAGACUUGGUUGAACGUGCAGCUGCCUUGAAAGUUGGUCCAGGAGAUAAGCCCGGCGUUGAUGUUGGUCCAGUCAUUUCACCACAAUCAAAGAAACGUAUUUUAGAUUUAGUACAAUCUGGCGUAGAAGAAGGUGCAAAGAUCGUUCUCGACGGUCGUGACAUUAAGAUUGAAGGAUACGAUAAAGGCAACUUUGUUGGACCAACAAUUCUUGUUGAUGUUAAGCCAUCAAUGAAAUGCUAUAAAGAAGAAAUUUUCGGACCAGUUCUCGUAGUAUUGACAGCUGACACUCUCGAUGAUGCCAUUGAAAUGAUUAACAAGAAUCCUUACGGUAAUGGAACAGCCAUUUUCACAACAAAUGGUGCAACAGCAAGAAAGUUUGUAAACGAAGUCGAUGCUGGUCAAAUUGGUGUCAAUGUUCCAAUUCCAGUCCCAUUGCCAAUGUUCUCAUUCACUGGCUCACGUGGAAGCUUCUGGGGAUCAGAGCAUUUCUAUGGUAAACAGGGCAUUAAGUUCUAUACCCAAACAAAGACAGUUACUCAACUAUGGCGCGAAACAGAUGUUACCCAUACUCAAGCAGCAGUCGCUAUGCCCACAAUGAAAUAAGGAACUUCUUCAUUUCACUUAAAACCCAGCACAAAAAAAUAAAAACUUUUUAUGCUUCACAGAACGUUUUUUUCUUGCCAUUUUCU